CCAUUAAUGAUAGUGGAAAAUCGGGUAGCGUUGGCUCUCUCUCUGGUACGUCUUCUCUUGAAGUUAUGUAGGGUCGUAGCUGAAUCUGAUGUACUGGACAUUCUUUAGGAUGUUCCUUUUAAAUUUAAAAUUCGAGGUAGUGCAAGUAUCGUCGGUCCUCCUGGUAUCACACGGCACGUGUAAAUACCAUACGUGUUGUUAGUGAACUGUAUUACCAAUUACUGCUUCCCUAGCGUUGCGUGAGGAAUGUUUUCUUGUGAACAGCUAAAGUUGCCGCUGCGACGUGAAGCUACCAACGUGAUGUUUCCUUAUCCUUCACCUCUCGUCUUCUUCUACCGUCACAGCGAUUUCCAGUCUUUCUUCCCGGGUUUCGGCACCAAAUGUUGCGCACACACUGAUAUUCUGAAACGUUUCUACCAGCACAAAGUUAUCUAGUCCACGACGCACUUCUUCUACAAGCGAUUCACAGCUUAGCUCUUUUCGCAAUAACGAAAGCGGAUUGUUGACGCCAUUAAUGAUGCAACAAUGUCAAUAAACACACACAACAAUGCCACACACAAUACGUCUAAACAGCUCGAGAAGGGAAGAUACUCAAUUCCCAACACCAUUGUACAGGAGGCUGGGUGGGCUCCAGAGCCGGUCUGGACGCAGAGGCUAGAGAAAAAAUUCUCUGCCCACGUCGGGGAUCGAACCCCGAUUCACAGACAAUACCAACCUCAAAAUCAAAACAUGCAGCGACUUCGUAAUUGGUUCCGACGAAGUAAAAGGUACUUGGUGUUAUGUUGUUCAAGUAACUCUACUCGUCACCGACAGAUACCGCGAGCAUUACGUCUAAUUUCGAAACAAACAGCGUGUCACUCAACAAUGGAAUUCAUGUUUGUUUCUCCAACAUAACUGUUGUCAGUCAACAACUUCGUUUUCAUAGCAACACUCUAUCUACAAAAUGGAGCGAGGCAAGAACAACAUUCACAAUAGAAAUGGAUUUAUAAAACGAUUCAACAUUUAUGAAUUUUUAUCCAGGAUGCGGAAAUUUCUGUGUAAAUGGUGCAGACGAUCCUUCAUCACUGGGAACUGCUUUUCAUAUGAGAGACAGGAAGAUGAAGAUAGCGACCUCAGGGCUCUGUUAACAGAAGCUUCUGUCUCAGAAACUUCGAUGGACAUUGAGCUAGAAAAGACUACCUACGGGUACAAUGGAAACGACCUGUGCAGUUUCUGCUCGCUAUUUAAACAGCGUAUAAAAGAGUUAACCGCCAAUCUGGCCGUGGUAUCAGCCGAGAGGGAUGUCUUGUUAAAACGACUAAAUCCCUUGAACAAAUCCAUAGACUGGCUGUCAACUGAAAAUGAGGCACAGAAGCGUGAGAUUGAAAGACUUCGUGACUCUGAAGAGAUAGCGGAUGCAUUAAGAACUGAAUAUGCAGCAAUAAAAUGUGUAUUAAAUAAAUUGAGUAUAGGAAAUGACAGAGUGGAAAUCAGCUUCCGCGAUAAAUCGCAUGUCAGUGCAGAACAAUUGCUUGCGAUGUGUAGUGAAAUGGCUAAGUUAUCAGCAGAGAGGGACUCCUUGAAGACAAGUUAUGAAGUAAUUGCUGAAGAAAAUGGUAGCCUGAAGCAACAGCCGUUGGAGAUUCUCGAAGCAGAUGGUGUGGAGAGCCGAGUAACCGUUUUGAGCAAAACCGUAGAAUCGCUGUUAUCUGAGAACGAGGACUUAAAACAGGAAGUUAAAAGGUAUUCUAUCAGAGAAGUUGAAGCUGAUAUAUUAAGAAUUGAGUGCAAUUCAAUAAGAGUUAAAAUGGAUGAAUUGAUAACUGAACGUAACAGAAUACAAGCUGAAUUAUGUGAGGAUUUAACUAUUGAAGAAACUUUACUUGGGAUGCGCAAGCAGAUAGAAAUCUUGUCAACAGAAAGGGACAUCUUCAAGACAAGGUGUGCACAAGUUACUGACGUGGAUAGUUGUAUAGCUAGACAGCAGGCGCAGGACCUUCGUGGUGCAGGAGAGGAAACGAUUAUGGCCGUAGAGCGGCUGAAGGAACCCGUGCUCUCGCAGUCAACGGAGUUUGAGGAGACACAGAUACAACAUGAGAAGCGUAUCGUCGAUGAUAGUCAGAACUUGGUUACAAAGAAGAACGUUUUGCGACUUCAUGAACAGCAGAUUUCCGAUUAUAAACAGAAGCAGUUGGAACAAAACGACAUAAUUAAACAAAUGCAGUACGAAAAUGAGGUUAUGCAGGAAAGUAUAAGAAAUUUGCAAGAAGAGAUUACUCAGAUUAGUCAGAGAGAGAGGGAGCUAGAAGAAACUAUUAAGUACACUGACAGUCAAAAUAAGUGGCACUUGCAACGUAUCAGAAGCUUGGAACGGGUUAUUAGUGACUAUAAACAGGCGGAUGUGGAACAGAAUGACCUUAUAACACGUAUGGAGAAAAAAAAUAAAAAUAUGUUUGAAUAUAUAAGAAGGCUGGAGUAUGAUGCUAUUGAAGCUAAGGAAAAUGUUCUGGAGCAGGAGAACGCUAUGAAAGACAUGCAGAACGAAAAUAAAGAGCUAUCAGAUUGCAUAAAAUCUCUGAAGCAUGAUAAUAAUUAUUACAAAGCUAAACAGCAGGUGGUGGAGGAAGCUGAGAUGAUUACAGACAUGGAAAACGAAAAUGGGAAGCUCAUGGAUUAUGUAAAGAAGUUGAAGUGCGACAUUAAUCAUGCCAAGGAGAGAGAUCUGGAGAAAGAUAAUAUUGUUAGAGACAUGGGAAACCAAAUUAAAGAACUGACAGAUAGUAUCACAGCCAUAGAAGAAGAUCGUACUGAUACGGAUUCGAAACCGUCUCCUCAUCAGAAAGCUUACAGAAUUAGAUGAUGUGUCAUUUUGUAGCAAAACAAAUCACGUUUUACCUCAAACAGUCAUUUUGGUUCGAUGUGAUUGCCAUUGGUGAUACUGCAGA